GUUAUUGCAUGCAUGAAGUUCCUGGGCGAGUUUCCGUGUCCUGGCUGUCUUGUCAAGAAGAGCGAUAUUGACAAGAUGGGGACCAUCCGCGACAUGGCCGCCCGACAGUCCAAGCCACGCAAAGACUCGUCGCCACUUCGCCGAGCCAUCGGCACCGUGCGCGAGUGGAUCUUUCGCGACGGUGAUACACCCGAAAGCAAGCGCAUCAAGGUGAAGAAGGAGCUGGCUACAACAUCUACUCAGCCCACUCAGAGCGCAUUCUCCGUUCGAUUUGCCGGUGACGAUAACUUUGAUUUCAACGUCUACGAUCUCUUCGUCCCAGAUCUCAUGCACGAGUUCGAGCUCGGUGUCUGGAAAGCCACCUUCACUCACCUCCUCCGCAUCCUCUUCGCGUGCGAGGUUCAAUCAGCAGUGCAAAGACUGGAUAAAAGAUACGCACUCAUUCCGUCUUUUGCACGAAGUACUAUUCGACCCUUCACACGGAAUACAUCUGCUAUGAAGAAGUUAGCGGCACGCGAUUUCGAGCAGAUAUUGAAGUGCGCUAUACCUGCCUUUGAAGGACUGCUACAAGAAGCCGACCCAGAGCACGAAACUAUCGUCUCUGUGAUGCUUUUUGAGCUCUGCCAGUGGCACUCUCUUGCAAAGCUUCGUCUGCACUCGGAGACCACUCUGAGGAUCUUCGAAGCAUCAACUCGAUCUCUCGGGCAAAUAAUGCGGCAGUUUAAGCGUGAUGUUUGCUCUCAGUACGUCACCAAGGAGCUCCCACGAGAGACGCAGUCGCGCGCUGCUAGAGCACGCAAGAAGGCCACAAAAUCAACCUCGGACACCACUGCUCAGGAGCCUGGUAGAACUGCAUCCAAGACGGCACCUGGGCCGAAGCGGAAGGAGUUCAACCUCAACACCUACAAGUAUCAUCGGCUCGGCGACUAUGUGAUCAUCAUACGUAUUUUCGGCACCACUGACAAUACCACCACCCAGACGGGAGAACAAGAGCAUCGCCGUGUCAAGAAGUUUUAUGGCCGCACGAACAAGAACCGUGCCUUCGGUCAGCAGCUUGGUGCGGAAGUGCGCCGUGAGGCCAUCCUUCACAAGCUCGCAUCUGUCCCGAACGCCGCGGCUCGUGCGCGAUCUCGUCGCCGUCAGGGACAGAAGCGUGCUGCCAUGGCAGACGAAAAGCGGCGGCAAUCCAAGAUCCGGCUGCAGCAGGCGCAACAUCAGCCUCUCUCCCAAUCCAGUCCGAAGCAACGCUACCACAUGUCGGACGAUCAACACUUCCCGGUUGAUCUCCAUGAGUUUGUGAGCGGGAACACUAACGAUCCGGCAAGUGAGGAUUUCGAGCUCAACCUCAAGACCCACGUCUUCUCCGUGCUGUCUGCAAGACACGCUGGUCGUAACCUCCCUGGCAGCUAUGAGCCCACCCCUGCGGAUGUGCGCUCUGUUCGCAUUGCUGGCCCUGACCGACUCUAUGUGCACAAAGUCCUCCGCAUCAACUACACGACAUAUGACAUGCGCCGCGACAUGGACUCAAUAAACCCUCGUACACAUCCUGACAUCAUGCUUCUAGCUCCCGAAGGCAGUCGUCACCCGUACAUUUAUGCACGGGUGAUCGGUCUGUAUCAUGUCAAUGCCUACCUUGUUGGGGAAUCUCUCUCAGGAGCCGACGACACGGAGCCUGAGCUUGUCCCUCUGGUUUGGGUCCGUUGGUAUGAGGCCGACUCCUCACCUCGCCGCACUCGAGUUGGGCUUGCAUCUCGUCGACUUCCCUGCUUGAAAUGGGCGCCCCUCGAUUCCAAGCCGUUCGGGUUCAUAUACCCCGAGGACAUCAUUCGAUCUGCACACAUCAUCCCUUCCUUUCACUCAGGUGUGGACAACGCCUCCCCUAUACCAUGCAACAGUCUGGCAAGGCACGACGACAACGACAUGGACUACGAGGCUUAUCAUGUUGGCAUCUUCGCCGACCGUGAUAUGUUCAUGCGCUAUCUCGGUGGCGGCGUCGGACAUCAACACUGCAGCAUUCCAUACAACGAGCAGCUCGUAGAAGACGCCGGUGAACAGGACGGAGAGACUCUCAUAGGCCCGUCAGCCAACGAAGCUCAACGCGAGGCUGAUGACGCUGAGCAUGCCGAGGCCGACGACCGUGAUGCUCGAAGUGAGACUGACGAGGCCGUAGACUAUGGGUAUGGAAUUGAGGAUGGAAAGGACCGUGACGAUGAUGACAGUGACGACGAUGACGAUGGCAACGGCGACGGUGAAGACGAUGACGAGGCAAGCCGGGGGGCAGAUCUGGGGCCCGAGGACGGAGAAGAUAUCAUGGGUGUCGAUGAAUUUGAGACAGGCGCAGCAGGAUUUGACCGUUUAUGA